CUGGGAGCAACACAUAUUUGAACUAUUGCAUAGUGCUUUUUAUAUUUUUUAAAGCAUGCAUGCGUUGGAAAGAAGUCUAUGCAAAAUCGAAAAUGCCAAAAAAUAAAAGCAGGAGCGGGGCAGCCAACUGCUGUGGGAAGUUAGUUUCUGUAUUGUGCGCAUGUGUAGCGUGUAUCAUUUCUCCAGGGUUUGGCCAUGCCGACCAUCAGCGUGAAGCGGGACUUGUUAUUUCAGGCUCUGGGGCGAACGUACAGUGAGUCCAUUCAUUCAUUCAUUGUCUUGGCGAUCGGUGGUGUAUUGACGGCUGGAGGGUCCCCGGGAAGAGCUGAUGAAGAAUUUGAUGAACUGUGCUUUGAAUUUGGCCUGGAGCUGGAUGAAGUGACAUCUGAAAAAGAUAUAAUAAGCAGAGAACAAGGAGAUGGAAAGGCAGAUGGGGCAUCGGAGGUGGUACUAUAUAAAAUUGAUGUACCAGCAAAUCGCUAUGACCUCUUGUGUUUGGAGGGAUUGACACGCGGAUUGCUGGUCUUCAAGAACAGAAUUGAAGCUCCAAGGUACACACGAGUGGGACCACUAAAUGGCGACAUGGAGAAAUUAGUGAUCACUGAAGAGACCGCACAGGUCCGACCCCACGCUGUAGCGGCUGUUCUUCGCAAUAUAACGUUUACCAAGGAUCGCUAUGAUAGUUUCAUUGAGCUGCAAGAAAAACUACAUCAGAACAUCUGCAGGAGGCGAGCUCUUGUUGCUAUUGGAACCCAUGACCUGGAUACAGUAUCUGGACCCUUCAGUUAUACAGCACAGCCACCCUCAGCGAUUAAGUUCAAACCUUUAAACCAGUCAAAAGAAUACACUGCAAUUGAACUUAUGGAUCUUUAUAGGACCGACAGUCACCUCCGCCAUUAUUUACACAUUAUUGAGGAUAAACCAGUUUACCCAAUUAUCUACGAUAGCAACGGCAUAGUUCUUUCCAUGCCUCCGAUCAUAAAUGGGGACCACAGUAAGAUAACACUCAACACACGGAAUGUUUUUAUCGAAUGCACGGCAACUGAUCGCACUAAAGCAAAAAUAGUGCUGGACACAAUUGUCACAAUGUUUAGUGAAUAUUGCGAGAAACCAUUUACAGUUGAGGCAGCUCAAGUGAUUUAUCCAAAUGAAGACAUGUAUACUUACCCUGAGAUGGGGUACAGAAAAGAAAUUCUAAGUACAGACUUUAUUAAUAAAAGAGUUGGAAUCAGGGAAACACCAGAUUCUCUUGCCAAGCUGCUGACUCGGAUGCACCUGACGUCAAAGGUGAUAGAGAACGGAGCACAAAUAGAAAUUGAAAUCCCCCCGACGCGAGCAGAUAUCAUCCAUCCGUGUGACAUUGUAGAAGAUGCAGCAAUAGCAUUUGGUUACAACAAUAUCAAGAUGACAUUACCCAAAGCCUACACUGUGGCUAAUCAGUUUCCAUUGAACAAAUUAUCUGAGUUGCUGAGACAAGACAUGGCUGCUGGGGGAUUCACAGAGGCUUUGACCUUUGCACUGUGCUCUCAGGAUGACAUUGCUGACAAGCUGAGCAAGGAUCUGGCAAAGACGAGAGCAGUACACAUAGCCAAUCCCAAAACGGCUGAAUUUCAGGUAGCUCGAACCACUCUCCUCUCUGGUCUGCUCAAGACAGUGGCAGCAAAUAGAAAAAUGCCUCUACCUCUGAAACUGUUCGAAAUUUCGGAUGUUGUUCUGAAAGAUCCUUCCAAAGAUGUUGGUGCGAAGAAUGAACGACGACUCUGCGCUUUGUAUUACAACAAGAAUCCUGGCUUUGAGGUGAUCCAUGGCUUGCUGGACCGCAUAAUGCAACUUCUUGACCUGAAACCGGGAAAGGAGAGUGGAUAUUACAUGCAGGCUGCAGAGGAUUCCACUUUCUUCCCGGGACGCUGUGCGGAGAUCUUUGCUCUAGGUGAGAGCAUAGGCAAGCUGGGAGUUCUUCACCCUGAUGUUAUCACCAAAUUUGAACUGACCAUGCCCUGCUCCGCGCUGGAGAUUAAUAUUGAGCCGUUCCUUUGAAGGAUGAGACUUCUCCUUAGUUCUUAUCACACUUUAGUGUCAUUCAGCCUUUCUGUACUAAGAGCAGCUCAUGACACUAUUCAACUGUAAAGAGGAAUAUUUAAUAAGGCAAAGGAUCCUGUGCCUGCUUAGUCCUUAAAUAUGGUUUCCAUAAUGUAAUUUUCUUUAUUUGCUUGGAACAUUGUAGUAUGGCCUUUAGCAUAAAUUACCAAAACCAUGAAUAUAUGAAAUAGCAUUCAGAUGCAACAUAAGUAUAACAUGAGACCAAGCAAAAUCAUUAAAACUGAAAUGUUGACAUAUGCAGUUGUAACUUACCUGCGGUAAAAACUUCAAUCACACCACAUAGAUUUGUUCUAGUAGCAAAGAGAAAUGUGGAAUAAAAGCAAUUGUGUAAUUUUAGUUUAGUUUAGAGAAACGACAUUGAAAACAGCCUCUUUGGCCCACCGAGUCCUUGCCGACCAUCGAUAAGUCAUUCGCACUAGUUCUAUCACAUCUACUCCCUACACAUUAGAGGCAACUCGCAUAGGCGCACGUCGUGGGAGGAAACCGGAGCACCCGGAGGAAACCCAGGCGGCACAGGGAGAAGGUGACCACUAAGCACAGACAGCACAGGAGUCGGGAUUGAACCCGAGUCCCAGGUGCUGGGAGGCAGCUGCACUACCUGCUGCACCAAUGCGCUGCCCUAACGUAGGGAGUUAAUGCAGGGUCUUUAGCUAAAAUUGAGUUGUCUGCUAACAGCCCUCACACCAAGCAAGCAGGCUCACUUAGAAAAAAACAUUAAGUGCUUUGGAAAAUAAUUGGUCUCACUUAGACGAAUCAUUAAAUCAUGAGGCCUCAGAUCAUGCACCUGCAAGAACAAUAAGAUAAGACAACCUUUUCUUCCCGGAGAUAACUGAGACUAUCCUGGUUCCUGAUGUAAUGAAUAAACCUGUUUCAAUCUUA